UACUACUACUACACCCAAAGGCCCGCCCGUCACCUGCGUCGCCCCUUUCUCCUCCCGUCACCUGCUCCUUCGCACCUCUGCCGCCGCCGCCAGGAGAUCGUGCGAAGCCGCCGACUGCCACUGGAGGUCGCGCCGUCAAAAGGAGGCUUCAACCUUGAGUUAGUUGCGGUGCGCAAGAUCAAUCUCGACAGUGCGGCUGCAGUCUAUUACCCCAAAAUUUUGGGCUUCUACAACUGAAGUAGAAGUAUUUUGAAUAAGAUGAAGCAGCACAGAGAGGAGGAUGCCUUGAGAGGUCACGCAGUUAAAAAUCAAAAGGCGAUAUGGGACAAGACCCUGGAAAUGAGGUUCUUGCUGCAGAAGGCAUUUUCCACUUCUAAUAAGUUGCCCCAGGAACCCAUCAAAACAAGGUUUUGCAAUCACGAUAAGGCGAUAGAGCAAGCGUAUGAUGAUCUGUUGAAUUCGUCAAAGGAGACUCUGGGUAGCAUGCUGGAGCUGCAGGAGGCUUUGCUGGAGAGUAAUCAGGCUACAAAGGGUGCCAAUGAAAUGCCUUGUGCCUCAAACGGAGAGAAUGAUGAGUGGUCAGAAGUACAGAGAUUGCAGACAAGGAUAACCUUGUUCAGAAAUACUGAGAUAGAUAAAUGGCAGAGGAAAAUACAGGUGACAACGGGUGCUGCUGCGCUGAAAGGAAAGCUACACGCAUUUAAUCAGAACAUAAGUGACCAAGUUGUUGGUUAUAUGAGAGACCCAAGCCGGAUGAUUAACAGGAUGUACUUGACCAAAUCCGCUGUUGGUGUAUUCGGGGAGGAUGCGAGAGAACCUGGAACUGCUGAGGAGGGGCACAGUAUGGAAGGUGAUCAUGAACUUAUUGACGAUUCUGAGUUUUAUCACCAACUUCUCAAGGAGUUUCUGGACUCAUGUGAUAGAGGAGCAUCAGAGUCAGCAUUUUAUGCUAUAAGAAAGCAGCAGCUUAAAAAGAGAAAGCUUGUUGAUCGCCGUGCUUCAAAGAGCAGAAAGAUAAGGUAUCAUGUCCAUGAGAAGGUUACAAAUUUCAUGGCCCCUGUACCCAUGGUUCUUCCUCCUAUGGCUCCGAAGUUGUUUGAGAAUUUAUUCGGAACAGUCAACCAGAAAUCCACCACAGCUUAAAUCCGAAUUUCACAUUAUAUGUAGCUUUAAAUUGUACUGUUUAUGAUGUUACUACUAGACUUGAAAAUGUGGAUCGAAUUCAAAUCGUUAUGAUGGCCUCAUCAGUUUCGUGUGUCAAUAAUUAAUUACUUUGGUA